GCCCCAGGGGUAGUUUGGAGGAGUGCUUGGAACCCGCUAUCGCUUAGCUUAGCCUGGAAAGUGCUCAACAUGGCGACACCCAGUGUUAGAAGCAGAGCUCAAGUAGCGAGUCAUUAUCAUAGGAAAAACACGACACAUAGCGAUCAGUCGUCAUUAACUGACCAUUAUCAAGCACCAUGGACCCUGUCUGGUUACACAGCAUUCAAGGCCCUACUCUCUGCAAGACUUGUUGCUGCUAUAUGGUGUAACAUUUCUGAUUGCGAUGAAACGUACAACUACUGGGAACCGUUGCACUACAUGAUGUAUGGCUCAGGUUUCCAGACGUGGGAGUACUCGCCAACGUAUUCAAUCCGCUCUUAUGCAUACAUCUUAAUUCACGCGAUUCCGACUUCGCUCUACAGCCAGCUCAUUCAGCCCAACCGCAUACUCGUCUUCUUCUUUCUACGAUGUGUUCUGGCAUUCUCUUGUGCCCUUUGCGAGGUUUACUUUUAUAGGGGUGUAUGCAAGCAGUUUGGCUCGCACGUUGGCCGCAUGACGCUGUUGUUCCUCAUCCUGAGCACUGGCAUGUUCAUUAGCAGCUCUGCAUUACUACCCAGCUCAUUCUCGAUGUACAUGACCAUGCUGGCGAUGGGAGGCUGGUUUCUAGGCACGUUCUGGGUGAGCAUAUUGGCAGUAGCAGCAAGUGCAAUUAUAGGUUGGCCCUUUGCUGGUGUGCUUGGGAUACCAAUAGCAUUCGAUCUUGUAGUAAGAAAGAAGAGAGUACUCUAUUUCUUCAAGAUGGCAGGAGUUUUUGGCUUUAGUAUACUGUGUGUGUCUGCACAUAUCGAUAGCACCUACUAUGGAAAGGCAGUGAUCACACCCUUAAAUAUCAUACUCUACAAUGUCUUCAGCGGUCAUGGACCUGAUCUAUAUGGUGUCGAGCCCUGGAGUUACUAUCUCAUCAACGGCCUUCUCAACUUCAAUAUGGUCUUUGUGCUGUCCUUUCUGGCACUGCCGCUGACAUAUAUGACUGGAUACAUACUCGAUAUCCCUGUGUCUGGUCGCAUUCCAAGCUGGCUGAGGUUAUUGGCCAUGUACAUCUGGCUAGCCAUCUUCUUCCUGCAGCCUCACAAGGAGGAGCGGUUCCUGUUUCCGGUGUACCCACUCGUGGCUUUACAUGGGGCUGUGGCUCUCGACUGCAUCCAGAAACUCUAUUGCCAUGUAGCAAUGGGACUGAUGCACAGGAAGAUGCAAGUAGAUCCUCAAACUAAAACGUCCCCCUAUCAGCACUACACAAAGUCGUCUGCGUGGCUUGCCAUCGCAUUCUCAGUGGCCUUCACCCUGCUCUCAGUAUCUCGGAGUCUUGCCCUUUACAAAGGUUACCACGCACCCCUAGACGUGUACAUGGAGAUGAACUGGUUGGCACAGGACACUCAGGUACACACUCUCCCUGCGGACAAGGCUGUUCACGUCUGCGUGGGAAAGGAGUGGCAUCGCUACACCAGCAGCUUCUUUCUGCCAAAUACGAAUUGGCACUUGCAGUUCAUUCAGUCAGAGUUUAAAGGUCAGUUGCCGAAGCCUUACGGGAACUCUUCAUCCGAGGUGCCAUCGCAAAUGAACGAUAUGAAUCUAGAGGAGCCUUCACGAUAUAUCGAUGUGAAAUACUGCCACUACCUGAUAGACCUUGAUUUACCGCAAGAGUCUGCGUUAGAACCUAGGUACACACAGAUGUCAAACGACUGGAAAGUAAUAGCAUCACACCCGUUCCUAGAUGCACCUAGGUCACAUCAACUGUUCAGAUCAUUCUACAUUCCAUGGGUUACAUCGCACUACUGUCAGUAUGCAAAUUACACCCUGCUGAAAACUACAAGAACGAAAAACAAAAAGGCAAAGCAGGACAGCUAACAAUAUCAAGGACAGACGUGUGUCAACUUUCUUGCAAGAUUUUGUACAGGGAUUUUGAUUACAUCGUAUUAUUUUAUGCUUUGGUUGGGUGGAGGUGUUAUGAUCUGGAAUAAUGGGUUUUGCAUAAAAAGGUGUAUUUGCAAUUUUCAUGGAAAAUAAGUUGCCAUGCACAUUGCGAGGUGACCAGAUGUGGUAUUGUGUGGUUCUUCGUGUCUGGUACGGUGAUAGAUUACAUACGUGUGCGGUCCUCUGUGAUUUUAUUCUACCCUGAACGUUUAGUGCUCACACAUAUUCGCAUUGCAUUCCACUAAUCAGACAAGUCAGGAGUUUCAAUUUAGCCUUUAGUUCAUCGCUAACUUUUUCCGCUCUAUGGCAUCAAUUCAUAAGCUGAUUGCACCUACUUAAUUUAGCCACAAAUACAUAAAUCAUACGUUUUACGAAACAUUAACAAUUUCUAUCCAGUUGUUAUGCUUUCCAACAAAGAUCUUAUUGGUUUUUAAACUCAGGUGACUUUGUCUAAAGUUUAAUAUAUUCUACUAAGAUGGCGAAGUUACGAUGAAAAGAAUAUAACUAUUGAUCGUUCCAGUUGGAAUACUGGCAACAGGUGAUUAUGGCUGCCAUAUUGGCUAGUGUCUAACAUGCCUUGUAUUGUCGUUGCCCGUAUAUAUUACUCGACAGUCAAUACUCAUUAUGUUUUGAAAUGUAGACAUUUCUGUGAAAUCAUGUGCUCACAGUGUGAUUUAUUAUGAUUUAACAUAAUAGCUGUUGUUUACACUAACGGUGACUUUCAUACGGCACAAUUCAAUUUGAUAUGUAAUUGUCCUAAGCUGUUUGUAUAGGGUUGAUACGCAUCUUCCGGUGGUGAAAGAAUUUUAUUUGUUAGGUGGAAGGUUUAUUUCUGUUAUAAAAACACCUUUUGUCAGGAAAGAAUACUUCUAUAUUUGUGAUUUCAGUGUAGCAUAGUACCAUUUGAUGCCUAUAGUGUUAAGUAAAACGACAUGUUGACUAUUUUCUGUUUAAUCACAGUUUUAUUAAGUUAAACUGCCUGGAUGUUGAAGCUGACCAAUGAGUGUAUGAUUGCAUAGUAAUAUCAUAAUUUAACACAUAGUACAACUAGAGCUGCAAUUCUACCAUAGUUCUAUGCAAAGACACAAAUGCUGACCAGUUGGUUAAUUAACCAAUAUUCAGGCCACUCAUCUUUCACACUGAGCAUGCUGUCCUGCUAGGGCAAUACAUUUGUUUAUUCGUAACAGA